AUGGAGACCUUCUGUCCACUCCUGCUCGCGGGGUUUAGCUGGCCACUUGCCGGAGCAUUGCAAAACAACCAGACCACUGCACCGGACACUAACGGUACUACGACCUCAAGUAAGGACCCAUUUGAACCUCCACAAACUUCCCAGCCCCAGCUGGCCUGGCUGCUGCUACCCUUACUGCUGUUCGCCGGGCUCCUCCUCUUUGCCGCCUACUUCUUCAGGUUCCGGAAGCAGCGGAAGGCUGUGGUCAGCUCCAACGACAAGAAGAUGCCCAACGGUAUUCUUGAGGAGCAAGAGCAGCAGCGAGUGAUGCUUCUGAGCCGGUCACCCUCGGGGCCCAAGAAGUACUUCCCUAUCCCUGUGGAGUACCUGGAGGAGGAGAUCCGGGCACGCUCUGCCGAUGACUGCAAACGCUUCCGUGAAGAGUUCAACUCGUUACCAUCCGGACACAUACAAGGAACUUUCGAGCUGGCAAAUAAAGAAGAAAACAGAGAGAAAAACAGAUAUCCCAACAUUCUUCCUAAUGAUCAUUCCAGGGUGAUUUUGAGCCAAGUGGAUGGAAUUUCCUGUUCAGACUACGUUAAUGCUUCGUACAUAGAUGGUUACAAAGAAAAGAAUAAAUUCAUAGCAGCUCAAGGUCCAAAACAGGAAACCGUGAAUGAUUUUUGGAGAAUGAUCUGGGAGCAAAAGUCAGCAACCAUCGUCAUGUUGACAAAUCUAAAAGAAAGGAAAGAGGAAAAAUGCCACCAAUACUGGCCCGACCAAGGCUGCUGGACGUACGGGAACAUCCGCGUGUGUGUGGAGGACUGUGUGGUCCUGGUGGACUAUACCGUGAGGAAGUUCUGCAUCCAGUCUGUUCCCGACAGCUGUAAGGCUCCUCGGCAGAUCUCCCAGCUGCAUUUCACCAGCUGGCCCGACUUUGGAGUGCCCUUCACGCCCAUUGGGAUGCUGAAGUUUCUGAAGAAAGUAAGAACGCUGAACCCCACCCACGCUGGGCCCAUCGUGGUCCAUUGCAGCGCGGGCGUGGGCCGGACGGGCACCUUCAUAGUGACCGACGCCAUGAUCGACAUGAUGUGCGCGGAGCAGAAGGUGGACGUCUUCGAGUUUGUCUCAAGAAUCCGCAAUCAGCGUCCUCAGAUGGUCCAAACGGACAUGCAGUACACGUUCAUCUACCAAGCCUUGCUGGAGUACUACUUGUACGGAGACACGGAGCUCGACGUGUCCUCCCUGGAGAGACACAUGCAGGCUCUGCACGGCUCCGCCAGCCACUUUGACAAGAUCGGGCUGGAGGAGGAGUUCCGGAAGUUGACGAACGUCCGGAUCAUGAAAGAGAACAUGAGAACUGGUAACUUGCCGGCGAACAUGAAGAAGGCCAGAGUCAUCCAGAUUAUCCCGUAUGACUUCAAUCGCGUGAUCCUAUCCAUGAAGCGAGGGCAAGAAUACACCGACUACAUCAACGCAUCCUUCAUAGAUGGCUACCGGCAGAAGGACUAUUUCAUUGCCACCCAGGGCCCGCUGGUGCACACCGUGGAGGACUUCUGGAGGAUGAUCUGGGAGUGGAAAUGCCAUACCAUCGUGAUGUUAACUGAGGUCCAGGAGCGCGAGCAGGAUAAAUGCUACCAGUACUGGCCAGCAGAGGGCGCUGUGACCCAUGGAGAAAUAACCAUCGAGCUGAAGAGCGAUACCCUGUCCGAGGCCAUCAGCGUGCGAGACUUUCUGGUCACCUUCAGCCAGCCGCCGGCCCGCCAGGAGGAGCAGAGCCGCGUGGUGCGUCAGUUCCACUUCCACGGCUGGCCCGAGGUGGGGAUCCCCGCGGAGGGCAAAGGUAUGAUCGACCUCAUCGCGGCCGUACAGAAGCAGCAGCAGCAGACAGGCAACCACCCCAUCACCGUGCAUUGCAGUGCUGGAGCUGGACGAACGGGUACAUUCAUCGCCCUCAGCAACAUUCUGGAACGAGUGAAAGCAGAGGGACUUUUAGAUGUGUUUCAAGCUGUGAAGAGUUUACGACUUCAGAGACCACAUAUGGUGCAAACCCUGGAACAGUAUGAAUUCUGCUACAAAGUGGUACAAGAUUUUAUUGAUAUAUUUUCUGAUUAUGCUAAUUUCAAAUGA